AUGUGCUGUUUGCCCAACCUGAUCUCCCUCUAUGACCAGGUGACCCACUUAGUGGAUGAGGGAAAGGUUGUGGAUGUUGACUACCUGUACUUUGACACUAAGGCAGUGAUCGUCCAUCUGUACUGGGCAUUGUAUAGCUCACAAUGUACAUCUGGCUGCAUGUGCCCAAAUGGGCUUGUGUUAGAUGGAAAUGGUGGUUGUAUUCCUGAAGAUGAAUGUCCUUGCAUUCACAAUGAAGCCAUGUAUCAGCCUGGGGAAAAGAUCAACUCUGACUGUAACACCUGUGUAUGCAAGAAUAGGAAGUGGGAAUGUACCAAAAAUCAGUGUCUGGGCACUUGUGCUGUUUAUGGAGAUGGUCAUUAUAAUACCUUUGAUGACAAAACGUUCAGCUUCAAUGGAAACUGUGAAUACACACUAGUGCAGGACCAUUGUGGCUUAGCCAACGGGACCUUCAGGGUUGUCACUGAAAAUAUUCCUUGUGGCAACACUGGGACAACUUGCUCAAAAUCCAUCAAAGUCUUCUUAGAGAGCUAUGAACUGAUACUUGGUGAAGAACAUGUCAGUGUAGUAAAGAGAGGACAAAAUGAUGAGGUGCCAUACACAAUCCGCUAUAUGGGUAUGUACUUGGUAAUUGAGACCACAAGCGGACUGAUCCUCAUGUGGGACAAGAAAACCAGCAUCUUCAUCAAGCUCAGCCCUGAUUUUAAGGGCCAGAUCUGUGGCCUCUGUGGAAAUUAUGAUGGCAACAGCAUCAAUGACUUUACUACAAGGAGUCAAUCUGUAGUAGAGAAUGUCCUAGAGUUUGGAAACAGCUGGAAAGUAUCCUCUACAUGUCCUGAUGCUAACGACAUCAAGGACCCAUGUUCUACCAACCCUUACCGAAAGUCCUGGUCAGAGAAGCAGUGUAGCAUCAUCAACAGCAACGUCUUUGCUGCCUGUCACUCUCAGGUUGAACCAGCAAAAUAUUACCAAGCAUGUGUGACAGAUGCUUGUGCCUGUGACAGUGGAGGAGAUUGUGAUUGCUUCUGUACAGCAGUAGCUGCCUAUGCCCAAGCAUGCAGUGAAGUUGGUGUAUGCGUAGCCUGGAGAAGCCCAUCAAUUUGUCCACUGUUCUGUGAUUACUACAAUCAACAAGGAGAAUGUGAAUGGCACUAUAAGCCUUGUGGAGCCUCCUGUAUGAAGACCUGUAGGAACCCAAGUGGAAAAUGCCUCAAUGACUUGCCAGGUUUAGAAGGCUGCUACCCUAACUGCCCACCAGACAAGCCAUAUUUCCAUGAGGAUCAGAUGAAGUGUGUUAGUCUCUGUGACUGUUAUGAUGAUGAAGAUGGAAAGAUAUAUAAACGAGAUGAAUGUAAUAUAUGUGAGUGCACAUCAGAAGGUUUACAGUGCAAGUUUGAUGAUAAAGAAAUGACAACUGCAACACCAGUGACAACUGUAUGUGUGAAAAAUGUGUGCACCUGGUCAGAAUGGUAUGAUUCUACUCAGCCUGAAAACAAAGAGGACAGUGGAGAUUAUGAAACAUUUGAAAAUCUCAAGGAAAAAGGAUACAGUGUGUGUACAAACCCUAAUGGUGUUCAAUGCAGAGCCAAAGAACACCCGGAUACAGAAAUUAACCACCUUAACCAAACAAUACAGUGUAGUCAAAGCAGAGGAUUAAUAUGCAAUAACCAGGACCAAGAAUCUAAGCAGUGCUAUAAUUAUGAAAUCAGAAUAUCAUGCUGCAGAUACAUACCAUGUUCUGAAAUACAAUCUACAACACCAAUAACCACAAGAGAAUUCACAACAACUACUGCUGUAGAAUCAACACAAUUCACAGUACAGACAAAGAUAAAACCGACAACACAAAAACAAGAAACCGAAGGGCAAAAGAGUGAAGUAACUACAACAUCACCAAAUGACAGAGAAAAAACAACUACUGUGACUGAAACUUCAGUUACAGCAAGAACAUCUCAAAUCUCAACAACAGGUUACCAAACCACAUCUCCUAUAGCAGAAACCUCCACUGUGACAACCCAGGCUCCAACACCACCCAAUACCAUCUCCACUCUCCCUGAAUCAAAAACAAAAAUCACUGCUGGCACCACAGCUGUCUCCAGUACUACUGCCUUGCCAACACAAGGCACAACUGUCCCAACAUUCACACCAACAGUGCCCAACACAGCCACUAGCACUGCCAGCAGAUCUACAACCACCACCGGCAGCACGGAAACCCCUACAGCAGCAACCCUUCCGAAUGUAUUAUCCACUGUUGCUAUUCAAACAACAAUAUCAUCCACCACUGCUUCCACAACUCCUGAAGCACUUCCCCAAAAAGAAAAGACAACCACUAGAAGCACAACAGGUGCGCUGAGGACCAGUGCCCAGACAAAUAAAGGCACAACCACCAUCAUCACAUCCACACCAACAGUGCCCACACCAGCCACCAGCACAGCCAGCACCUCCAGGACCACAGUGGGAAGCACCACAACAGCCUCAGCCAAAACUGCUCCAGGAGAAACCUCCACUGUGGCAACCCAGGCUCCAACUUCUGCCACAACCGCUUCCAGAACUCCUGAAGAAAAAAUAAGCAGCACUGCUGCCACCACGGCUGUCCCCACCACCACACGCCCAACGAAUGAAGGCACGACCGUCAUCGCAACCACCACCAGGACCUCUCCCCCUCAGACUGAAGGCACAACCACCAUCAUCGUCACACCCACACCAACAGUGCCCACACCAGCCACCACCAUUAUUGCCAGUACCUCCAAGACCACAGACAACUGUGAGGAGCGCUGUGCCUGGACACAGUGGUUUGAUGUGGACUCCCCUACACCUGGUAACGAAAAUGGAGACUUUGAGACAUUUGAAAAUAUCCGAGCUGCUGGUUAUUCACUGUGCGACAAGCCACAAAACAUCACGUGCCGUGCUAAAGAUUACCCUGACAGAAUUGUGCAAAUAAUGGAACAAAAAUUUCAGUGCAGCCUUGACACUGGGCUUGUAUGCAGAAAUAAGGAUCAGACUGUCAAGUACCCGAUGUGCUUUGACUAUGAGGUCUCAGUGUUCUGCUGUGACCGUAAACACUGCCAGACAACAUCAGCGAUCCCACAGACCACAGUGAAGACCUCCACCACAUACUACCCUCCAGAAACCACCACAGCAGCAACCCAAACUGCACCAUUGACAACUACUCGCUCAGCACUUCCCCAACGACAAAGCACAACCACUGGAAGCACAACAGCUGCGCUGAGGACCAGUGCCCAGACAAAUGAAGGCACCACCACUAUCAUCACACCCACACCAACAGUGCCCACACCUGCCACUAGCACAGCCAGCACCUCCAGGACAACAGCAGGAAGUACAACACCCUCAGCCAAAACUGCUCCAGGACAAACCUCCACGGUGGCAACCCAGGCUCCAACUUCUGCCACAACCGCUUCCACGACUCCAGAAGCAAAAAUAAGAAGCACCGUCAGCACCACGGCUGUCCCCACUACCACACGCCUGAUAAAAGAAAGCACGACCGUCAUCGCAACCACCACUAGGACUUCUUCCCCUCACACUGAAGGCACAACCACCAUCAUCGUCACACCCACACCAACAGUGCCCACACCAGCCACCAGCACAGCCAGCACCUCCAGGACCACAGUGGGAAGCACCACAACACCCUCAGCCAAAACUGCUCCAGGAGAAACCUCCACGGUGGCAACCCAGGCUCCAACUUCUGCCACAACCGCUUCCAGAACUCCUGAAGAAAAAAUAAGCAGCACUGCUGCCACCACGGCUGUCCCCACCACCACACGCCCAACGAAUGAAGGCACGACCGUCAUCGCAACCACCACCAGGACCUCUCCCCCUCAGACUGAAGGCACAACCACCAUCAUCGUCACACCCACACCAACAGUGCCCACACCAGCCACCAGCACAGCCAGCACCUCCAGGACCACAGUGGGAAGCACCACAACACCCUCAGCCAAAACUGCUCCAGGAGAAACCUCCACUGUGGCAACCCAGGCUCCAACUUCUGCCACAACCGCUUCCAGAACUCCUGAAGAAAAAAUAAGAAGCACUGCUGCCACCACGGCUGUCCCCACCACCACACGCCCAACGAAUGAAGGCACGACCGUCAUCGCAACCACCACCAGGACCUCUCCCCCUCAGACUGAAGGCACAACCACCAUCAUCGUCACACCCACACCAACAGUGCCCACACCAGCCACCAGCACAGCCAGCACCUCCAGGACCACAGUGGGAAGCACCACAACAGCCUCAGCCAAAACUGCUCCAGGAGAAACCUCCACGGUGGCAACCCAGGCUCCAACUUCUGCCACAACCGCUUCCAGAACUCCUGAAGAAAAAAUAAGAAGCACUGCUGCCACCACGGCUGUCCCCACCACCACACGCCCAACGAAUGAAGGCACGACCGUCAUCGCAACCACCACCAGGACCUCUCCCCCUCAGACUGAAGGCACAACCACCAUCAUCGUCACACCCACACCAACAGUGCCCACACCAGCCACCAGCACAGCCAGCACCUCCAGGACCACAGUGGGAAGCACCACAACAGCCUCAGCCAAAACUGCUCCAGGAGAAACCUCCACGGUGGCAACCCAGGCUCCAACUUCUGCCACAACCGCUUCCAGAACUCCUGAAGAAAAAAUAAGAAGCACUGCUGCCACCACGGCUGUCCCCACCACCACACGCCCAACGAAUGAAGGCACGACCGUCAUCGCAACCACCACCAGGACCUCUCCCCCUCAGACUGAAGGCACAACCACCAUCAUCGUCACACCCACACCAACAGUGCCCACACCAGCCACCAGCACAGCCAGCACCUCCAGGACCACAGUGGGAAGCACCACAACACCCUCAGCCAAAACUGCUCCAGGAGAAACCUCCACUGUGGCAACCCAGGCUCCAACUUCUGCCACAACCGCUUCCAGAACUCCUGAAGAAAAAAUAAGCAGCACUGCUGCCACCACGGCUGUCCCCACCACCACACGCCCAACGAAUGAAGGCACGACCGUCAUCGCAACCACCACCAGGACCUCUCCCCCUCAGACUGAAGGCACAACCACCAUCAUCGUCACACCCACACCAACAGUGCCCACACCAGCCACCAGCACAGCCAGCACCUCCAGGACCACAGUGGGAAGCACCACAACACCCUCAGCCAAAACUGCUCCAGGAGAAACCUCCACGGUGGCAACCCAGGCUCCAACUUCUGCCACAACCGCUUCCAGAACUCCUGAAGAAAAAAUAAGCAGCACUGCUGCCACCACGGCUGUCCCCACCACCACACGCCCAACGAAUGAAGGCACGACCGUCAUCGCAACCACCACCAGGACCUCUCCCCCUCAGACUGAAGGCACAACCACCAUCAUCGUCACACCCACACCAACAGUGCCCACACCAGCCACCAGCACAGCCAGCACCUCCAGGACCACAGUGGGAAGCACCACAACAGCCUCAGCCAAAACUGCUCCAGGAGAAACCUCCACUGUGGCAACCCAGGCUCCAACUUCUGCCACAACCGCUUCCAGAACUCCUGAAGAAAAAAUAAGAAGCACUGCUGCCACCACGGCUGUCCCCACCACCACACGCCCAACGAAUGAAGGCACGACCGUCAUCGCAACCACCACCAGGACCUCUCCCCCUCAGACUGAAGGCACAACCACCAUCAUCGUCACACCCACACCAACAGUGCCCACACCAGCCACCAGCACAGCCAGCACCUCCAGGACCACAGUGGGAAGCACCACAACAGCCUCAGCCAAAACUGCUCCAGGAGAAACCUCCACGGUGGCAACCCAGGCUCCAACUUCUGCCACAACCGCUUCCAGAACUCCUGAAGAAAAAAUAAGCAGCACUGCUUCCACCACGGCUGUCCCCACCACCACACGCCCAACGAAUGAAGGCACGACCGUCAUCGCAACCACCACCAGGACCUCUCCCCCUCAGACUGAAGGCACAACCACCAUCAUCGUCACACCCACACCAACAGUGCCCACACCAGCCACCAGCACAGCCAGCACCUCCAGGACCACAGUGGGAAGCACCACAACAGCCUCAGCCAAAACUGCUCCAGGAGAAACCUCCACGGUGGCAACCCAGGCUCCAACUUCUGCCACAACCGCUUCCAGAACUCCUGAAGAAAAAAUAAGCAGCACUGCUGCCACCACGGCUGUCCCCACCACCACACACCCAACGAAUGAAGGCACGACCGUCAUCGCAACCACCACCAGGACCUCUCCCCCUCAGACUGAAGGCACAACCACCAUCAUCGUCACACCCACACCAACAGUGCCCACACCAGCCACCAGCACAGCCAGCACCUCCAGGACCACAGUGGGAAGCACCACAACACCCUCAGCCAAAACUGCUCCAGGAGAAACCUCCACUGUGGCAACCCAGGCUCCAACUUCUGCCACAACCGCUUCCAGAACUCCUGAAGAAAAAAUAAGCAGCACUGCUGCCACCACGGCUGUCCCCACCACCACACGCCCAACGAAUGAAGGCACGACCGUCAUCGCAACCACCACCAGGACCUCUCCCCCUCAGACUGAAGGCACAACCACCAUCAUCGUCACACCCACACCAACAGUGCCCACACCAGCCACCAGCACAGCCAGCACCUCCAGGACCACAGUGGGAAGCACCACAACACCCUCAGCCAAAACUGCUCCAGGAGAAACCUCCACGGUGGCAACCCAGGCUCCAACUUCUGCCACAACCGCUUCCAGAACUCCUGAAGAAAAAAUAAGAAGCACUGCUGCCACCACGGCUGUCCCCACCACCACACGCCCAACGAAUGAAGGCACGACCGUCAUCGCAACCACCACCAGGACCUCUCCCCCUCAGACUGAAGGCACAACCACCAUCAUCGUCACACCCACACCAACAGUGCCCACACCAGCCACCAGCACAGCCAGCACCUCCAGGACCACAGUGGGAAGCACCACAACACCCUCAGCCAAAACUGCUCCAGGAGAAACCUCCACGGUGGCAACCCAGGCUCCAACUUCUGCCACAACCGCUUCCAGAACUCCUGAAGAAAAAAUAAGAAGCACUGCUGCCACCACGGCUGUCCCCACCACCACACGCCCAACGAAUGAAGGCACGACCGUCAUCGCAACCACCACCAGGACCUCUCCCCCUCAGACUGAAGGCACAACCACCAUCAUCGUCACACCCACACCAACAGUGCCCACACCAGCCACCAGCACAGCCAGCACCUCCAGGACCACAGUGGGAAGCACCACAACACCCUCAGCCAAAACUGCUCCAGGAGAAACCUCCACGGUGGCAACCCAGGCUCCAACUUCUGCCACAACCGCUUCCAGAACUCCUGAAGAAAAAAUAAGAAGCACUGCUGCCACCACGGCUGUCCCCACCACCACACGCCCAACGAAUGAAGGCACGACCGUCAUCGCAACCACCACCAGGACCUCUCCCCCUCAGACUGAAGGCACAACCACCAUCAUCGUCACACCCACACCAACAGUGCCCACACCAGCCACCAGCACAGCCAGCACCUCCAGGACCACAGUGGGAAGCACCACAACACCCUCAGCCAAAACUGCUCCAGGAGAAACCUCCACGGUGGCAACCCAGGCUCCAACUUCUGCCACAACCGCUUCCAGAACUCCUGAAGAAAAAAUAAGAAGCACUGCUGCCACCACGGCUGUCCCCACCACCACACGCCCAACGAAUGAAGGCACGACCGUCAUCGCAACCACCACCAGGACCUCUCCCCCUCAGACUGAAGGCACAACCACCAUCAUCGUCACACCCACACCAACAGUGCCCACACCAGCCACCAGCACAGCCAGCACCUCCAGGACCACAGUGGGAAGCACCACAACACCCUCAGCCAAAACUGCUCCAGGAGAAACCUCCACGGUGGCAACCCAGGCUCCAACUUCUGCCACAACCGCUUCCAGAACUCCUGAAGAAAAAAUAAGCAGCACUGCUGCCACCACGGCUGUCCCCACCACCACACGCCCAACGAAUGAAGGCACGACCGUCAUCGCAACCACCACCAGGACCUCUCCCCCUCAGACUGAAGGCACAACCACCAUCAUCGUCACACCCACACCAACAGUGCCCACACCAGCCACCAGCACAGCCAGCACCUCCAGGACCACAGUGGGAAGCACCACAACAGCCUCAGCCAAAACUGCUCCAGGAGAAACCUCCACGGUGGCAACCCAGGCUCCAACUUCUGCCACAACCGCUUCCAGAACUCCUGAAGAAAAAAUAAGAAGCACUGCUGCCACCACGGCUGUCCCCACCACCACACGCCCAACGAAUGAAGGCACGACCGUCAUCGCAACCACCACCAGGACCUCUCCCCCUCAGACUGAAGGCACAACCACCAUCAUCGUCACACCCACACCAACAGUGCCCACACCAGCCACCAGCACAGCCAGCACCUCCAGGACCACAGUGGGAAGCACCACAACACCCUCAGCCAAAACUGCUCCAGGAGAAACCUCCACGGUGGCAACCCAGGCUCCAACUUCUGCCACAACCGCUUCCAGAACUCCUGAAGAAAAAAUAAGCAGCACUGCUGCCACCACGGCUGUCCCCACCACCACACGCCCAACGAAUGAAGGCACGACCGUCAUCGCAACCACCACCAGGACCUCUCCCCCUCAGACUGAAGGCACAACCACCAUCAUCGUCACACCCACACCAACAGUGCCCACACCAGCCACCAGCACAGCCAGCACCUCCAGGACCACAGUGGGAAGCACCACAACACCCUCAGCCAAAACUGCUCCAGGAGAAACCUCCACGGUGGCAACCCAGGCUCCAACUUCUGCCACAACCGCUUCCAGAACUCCUGAAGAAAAAAUAAGAAGCACUGCUGCCACCACGGCUGUCCCCACCACCACACGCCCAACGAAUGAAGGCACGACCGUCAUCGCAACCACCACCAGGACCUCUCCCCCUCAGACUGAAGGCACAACCACCAUCAUCGUCACACCCACACCAACAGUGCCCACACCAGCCACCAGCACAGCCAGCACCUCCAGGACCACAGUGGGAAGCACCACAACAGCCUCAGCCAAAACUGCUCCAGGAGAAACCUCCACGGUGGCAACCCAGGCUCCAACUUCUGCCACAACCGCUUCCAGAACUCCUGAAGAAAAAAUAAGAAGCACUGCUGCCACCACGGCUGUCCCCACCACCACACGCCCAACGAAUGAAGGCACGACCGUCAUCGCAACCACCACCAGGACCUCUCCCCCUCAGACUGAAGGCACAACCACCAUCAUCGUCACACCCACACCAACAGUGCCCACACCAGCCACCAGCACAGCCAGCACCUCCAGGACCACAGUGGGAAGCACCACAACAGCCUCAGCCAAAACUGCUCCAGGAGAAACCUCCACGGUGGCAACCCAGGCUCCAACUUCUGCCACAACCGCUUCCAGAACUCCUGAAGAAAAAAUAAGCAGCACUGCUGCCACCACGGCUGUCCCCACCACCACACGCCCAACGAAUGAAGGCACGACCGUCAUCGCAACCACCACCAGGACCUCUCCCCCUCAGACUGAAGGCACAACCACCAUCAUCGUCACACCCACACCAACAGUGCCCACACCAGCCACCAGCACAGCCAGCACCUCCAGGACCACAGUGGGAAGCACCACAACAGCCUCAGCCAAAACUGCUCCAGGAGAAACCUCCACGGUGGCAACCCAGGCUCCAACUUCUGCCACAACCGCUUCCAGAACUCCUGAAGAAAAAAUAAGCAGCACUGCUGCCACCACGGCUGUCCCCACCACCACACGCCCAACGAAUGAAGGCACGACCGUCAUCGCAACCACCACCAGGACCUCUCCCCCUCAGACUGAAGGCACAACCACCAUCAUCGUCACACCCACACCAACAGUGCCCACACCAGCCACCAGCACAGCCAGCACCUCCAGGACCACAGUGGGAAGCACCACAACAGCCUCAGCCAAAACUGCUCCAGGAGAAACCUCCACGGUGGCAACCCAGGCUCCAACUUCUGCCACAACCGCUUCCAGAACUCCUGAAGAAAAAAUAAGAAGCACUGCUGCCACCACAGCUGUCCCCACUACCACUGUUCCUCAGUCUGGAACCAGAAGCACCAUAGGUGUUAUUGAAAUUGUUUCUUCUACUGUAGAAAGUGUGUCUACCACUGUUUUUCCCAGAACUUUUAGUCCCACAGUCAGUCCAGUUGCUACAAUUGGUACAUCACAAUCAAGUCAUAUUACAACAAGCACUUCUGCAAUAUUCAGUUCUUCCACCAGCACAUCUGUGACAACAGAAGCCAGUACCCAUGCUGCGUCCAGCAGAGUUACUCCAUGCUUUUGUCAUGUAUUUGAUACUUUAUUUUCUCCUGGCGAAGUGGUAUACAACAGAACAGACAGAGCUGGCUGUAAUUUUUAUGCAAUUUGCAGCAAGGAAUGUGAAAUUGAGCCAUUCCAGGGGCCGUGUCCUUUGACAACUCCUGUCCCUUCAGUCGCUUCAACAACUACAACACAAGGCACCUCAUCCACAGAUCACGUAUUGUCUUCUGCCUCACCAACCACAGCAACAUCCCUCACAACUUCAGCAGAAAGAAACUGUACUGAUGUCAAUCCUCCACGAAAGCCUGGAGAGAGCUGGAUAAGUGAAUGCCAGAAAUGUGUCUGUGACUCCCUCACUGCUACUGUGCAAUGCCAGCCGCUCCCAUGCCAAACAACAAAGGAAACAACUUGUGACCUAGGAUUUGUCUCCAUGGUUGUACUACCGCAAAAAGACCCAUGUUGUCCUGAAUUUAAAUGCCAACCAGUACCUGAUGUCUGUGUGAUUAACGGUACAUUGUACACGGUUGGAAAGUCAGUAGUAAUCAAUUCAUGUAAGAAAUGUACCUGCAGUUCCGAGAAAGAUCCAGUGACUAAUGCUAACACUGUGCAUUGUGAAACGGUUCAGUGUGAAACAUCUUGCCCACUGGGCUAUCAAUAUAUGAUUGAGGAAGGAGAGUGCUGUGGGAAGUGUAUCGAAGUAGCUUGCAAAGUCAAACUAAGUAACAACACUGUUCACGUACUCAAUGUUAAUGAGAUCCUGCCACUCGACCAAUGCAGCCAUUACAAAUGUGAAAAAAUUGAAGAUCAGUUUGUUGCAGUCCAAAGUAAGAGAGUAUGCCCUGACUACGAACCCGGAGAGUGCGAUCCUGAUGAAACAGAGACUACGUCCGAUGGCUGCUGCAAAAUAUGUAAACCUGCAAAAUGUAAGCCUUACAGCAAGAAAACUGUGAUCCGCCAUGCUGGCUGUGAGUCUUCUGAACCUGUUGAGCUGUCAUAUUGUGAAGGAAAUUGUCCUGGCUCCUCAGUGUAUUCUCUUGAAGCAAACCAGAUGCAACAUGAGUGUGGCUGCUGCCAAGAGCUCAGCACCCAAACGAGAGAGGUGACCCUGACUUGCCAAAAUGGAACAAGCAUAAAUUAUAACUAUGUAUAUGUGGAAAACUGCCAGUGUACGAAUGGUUGCUCUUCACAAACCUCUGCAUCACAAGACUCCCAAACACAACAAUCUGAAGAAUACAGCUCCCAAUUGCAACAGGCUGCAGCAUUUGGUUCCCAAUGGCAAAUCAGCACAACUAAUAAGAUGUAUCGUUGAAAAAAGAAAGCAGAGAACCCUAGGGAAGCUGAAAUCAUGUCUUCCCUAGAGUAACUUGUGCUCCUUCUUUAACAGAUCUUAUGUCAACUUCUGUUAUCACCUUUUCUCAUUUCUUACUUGUAAAAAAAAAAAAUAAAAAAAAAGCAAAUAAUUA